AUGUGGUGGAGAGUUUGCAGCUUGCUGGCGUGGUUCCCCUUACAAGAGGCCUUUCGGACCCACCACAUGGAAACUGUCCCCAUAGAGGAAGGCCAGACGCUCACUCUAAACUGUACUGUUUCUCAGGAGACCACCUCUCUGCAGUGGCUGGCCCCCUCGGGCUUCACCAUUUUCUUCAAUGAACAACCUGCUCUAAAAAGUUCCAAAUACCAGCUUCUUCAUCACUCCUCCGAUCAGCUCUCCAUCAGCGUGCUGAAUGUAACACAGCAUGAUGAAGGCGUGUACAAGUGUCUGCACUACGGCAAGUCUGUGAGAACAAAGGAAGUGAAAGUGAUCGUGUUAGCAACUCCUGUCAUGCCAACCCUGCAAGUUUCAGUUAUCAAAACGCACAAUGGAGAAGAACACGUCAUUAUGAAAUGCUCCACCGUGAGAACCAAGCCCCCUCCACGGAUAACCUGGCUUUUAGGGGAUGGCAUGGAGCUCUAUGGUGAAACCCACCAUGAAUAUGAAACUGAUGGGAAGAAGUGUAAUAGCACCAGCACACUGACAGUCCACACAUAUGGCAAAAACUCAACAGCAAGUUGCAUUAUCCGACACAAAGGCCUGCAAGGAAGAGAACUGGUAGCACCUUUUCGGUUUGAAGAUUUGGUUGCUGAUCAAGAGACAACUUCAGCUGCCCUGGAGACGAGCUCUCUAUCCUCUCAAGACCCUCAGCAGCCCAAUAGCACUGUUGCAGUAAUGGAAGAUUCUAGUACGUCAGAGAUUGACAAGGAAGAGGAAGAGCAAACCACUCAAGUCUCUCACUUGGCCACUGAAGCAAAUCGGCAUUAUGGGGGACUGACAAAGAAGAAGAGCGGUGUCCUGCUGCUGAUCCUCGUGUCCUUCCUCAUAUUCAUACUGUUCAUCAUUGUCCAGCUCUUCAUCAUGAAACUCCGGAAAGCACAUGUGAUAUGGAAGAAAGAAAGUGAGAUUUCAGAGCACACUCUAGAAAGUUACAGAUCGAGGUCAAAUAAUGAAGAAACAUCAUCCCAAGAGAAAAAUGGCCAAACUUCCCGCUCUAGGAGCUGCAUAAACUACAUCACACAGUUGUACUCGGAGGCAAAAACAAAGACGAAGGAAAAGGCACAACCUUCAAAAUUAAAAGGAGAGCUGUCUCAUAUACCAGAAAGCAUCGUGUAG